CAUUUUGAGCUCUGACUCCCUCCGACCCCUCUGUCCGCAGAUCCGGCCUCCGGAGCGCCUACCAUGGGCAGGCGUCUGCCCCCAUUGCCUCCGCUGCUGCUGCUGCUGCUGCUGCCGUCCCUGCUGAUCCUGGCGGUGCCGUCGAAGGCCCAGCCUUCGGGGGCGGAGGAGUCGUGCCCGCCGCACUGUGUCUGCCAGAACCUCUCAGAGUCGCUGAGCACGCUGUGUGCCCACAAGGGCCUGCUCUUCGUGCCACCGCACAUCGACCGCCGGACAGUGGAGCUGCGCCUGGCGGACAACUUCAUCCGGGUGCUGGAGCCACUGGACUUCCUGAACAUGUCGGGGCUGGUGGACCUAACGCUCUCGCGCAACACCAUCGACACGGUGCGGCCGCUGGCCUUCGGGGACCUGGAGAGCCUGCGCUCGCUGCACCUGGACGGCAACCGGCUGGCCGCGCUGCCCGGCGGGGCGCUGCGGGGCCUGCUCAACCUGCAGCACCUCAUCCUCAACAACAACCAGCUGGAGGAGGUCCCGGCGGAGGCCUUCGACGACUUCCUCCUGACGCUGGAGGACCUGGACCUCUCCUACAACAACCUGCGAGGGGCGCCGUGGGCCGGCAUCCGGGCGAUGCUCAGCCUGCACACGCUCAACCUGGACCACAACCUGCUGGAGGCUGUCCCCGAGGGGGCCUUCGUCCAGCUCUACAAGCUCUCGCGCCUGGACCUCACCUCCAACCGGCUCCGGACGCUAGCUCCGGACCCACUCUUUGCUCGUGCGCUGCCCGGGGUGGUCAGCCCCACACCGUACGCCCCCACGGUGUCCCUGGGCUUCGGCGGCAACCCCCUGCACUGCAACUGCGAGUUGCUCUGGCUGCGGCGAUUGGGCCGGCCUGACGACCUGGAGACCUGCGCCUCUCCGCCGCACCUGGCCGGGCGCUACUUCUGGUCAGUGCCAGAGGAGGAGUUCGCCUGCGAACCGCCGCUCAUCACACGGCACAGCCAUCGGCUCUGGGUGCUGGAGGGUCAGCGGGCCACGCUGCGCUGCCGGGCGGUGGGCGACCCUGAGCCAGCCGUGCACUGGGUCUCCCCGGAUGACCGCAUCCUGGGCAACUCCUCCCGCACAGCCUCCUUCCGCAACGGCACCCUGGAUAUCCUGGUCACCACCCUCCGCGAUGACGGGGCCUAUGCCUGCAUCGCCAUCAAUGCCGCCGGUGAGGCCACCGCUGCCGUCCACCUCCAAGUCAUUCCGCUGCCGCACCGGGGGAACGGCAGUGCGGCCGCCCCGCAGCCGGACCCAGGCUCUUCUGACAUUGCAUCCUCCGCUGCCGCCAAGGCCUCCUCCGCCUCCUCUGUGGGGAACGGGACAAAUGAGGGGGCUGCGGGUCCCACCAGGCGUGCCGUGGAGGUCUCUGAGGUGACAGCCACCUCUGCCCUCGUCCGCUGGACCCUGGACCCCUCCUCAGCCUUCACGGCCUGGAUGUACCAGAUCCAGUACAACUCCACCGCGGACGACACGCUCGUCUACAGGAUUGUCCCGGGCGGCACGCGGCGCUUCCUCCUGCGGCACCUGGUCCCGGGCGUGGACUACGACCUCUGCCUGCUGGCGAUCUUCGACGACACGGCCACGGCGCUGGCGGCUACCCACCUGCUGGGCUGCGCCGCCUUCUCCACGGCGGAGGAGCCCUUCCCGGACUGCCGCGCCCUGCAGGCCCACUUCCUGGGCGGCACGCUGGCCGUCAUCGUGGGUGGCGUGGUGGUGGUCACCCUGCUGGUCUUCACCGUGGUCAUGAUGGUGCGCUACAAGGUCUGCGCCAGCGGGCGGGCGGCAGAGGUGGCCUUGCCGAAGGUUACCCACGUCCACUCCCAGACCAACGGGGGCGGUGGUGGCGGGGGAGUGGCCCUCCUGCGGGUCGCGCCCCACAAGUGCCAGCAGCGGCGACCGGCGAAGGCCAAAGAGGGCAGCAGGACGGUGGGGCGGAGAGCGCGCGCGGGCAGCAAGGCCCAACGCAGUUGCUCCCUGGACCUGGGGGACGGGCCCCCCUUCGUGGCCCCUCCCCAGAGCGGCAACGGCUGCUGCUACGCCAAGCGGCUGAGCCGGGCCUGGAGCAAGCGCAGCCAGUCGGUGCAAGGCAUGAUGGGGCAGGGGCCCUUCCCAGAGGAGGGGGCAGCGCCCGUGGAGGAAAGCACUGCCAUGGCGAAGGGGCUGGGACCCCUCCUCAACGCGGAGGACCUGGAGGAGAGCGUGGUGUAGCCUCCGGCGGAUCGAGGAGGAGGGUUGGCCCAUUGGGGGCAAGGGGGGGGAGUGAGGGGGUCCCUCGAAAUGCCUUC